GAACCCAAUGAUAUUGCUCCAGUGGCUGUUAGUCAUAUUGCUGGUCAGCCAAUCAAUUCAACAGAACAAGAGGUGAUAGGUCUAUUGCUGGCACAACAGCAAGUGUUUACAAGCCCUACAAAACUGGAGCCUUCUAGUGUGUCUACAAACCCAGGCUCUAUUGCUAUGGUUACUGAUGAUGUGUUACCACAACAUGGAAAUGAAAACAAAGGCAUUGUAAUGGUAAGUAUGCCAGCUUAGUUUGAAUUGUACAGUUAUUGCCUUGAGAGAAAGUGUGGGCGAUUUAAUUUGCCCCAGAAUAUCUGGGAUUGUAAUGCUAGUAGACCAUGUAGAUUUAAUAGGCUGUAAUGUCAAAGUCUUGAUCGGACUGGAAGAGAUGUGAAGUGAAGUGACGCCUUUAUUUAAAGAGGGUAAACACGUGACAGUUUUCUGAUUUAAAUUGAUAAACCUGUGGCCCUUUAUAAACAUAAAAUCAAUAAAAUAUUGAAAUAAUUUUACAAUGUUAAUUAUAAAAAGAUAAAAAUUUAAUGAAAAGAUAAAAAUUUAGAUCAACCCCUUUUACUACUGUAACUCAAUUCCUACAUAGUGAGUUAUAGGGGUUGAUCCAAUCUGUGCUUAUCAAGGUUUUAUGGCAUCUCUACUGUGAUAAAUUUGGUAUGCAUGCAUUAUUUACCAAGCACAAGGUCAUGAUGGCUGGAUAUUUUGUCAUGGUCCUUAAAACUCAAAAAGAACUAGUUUAAUGGUCAGCCAUCUUAGAAAGUCAUCUAUUUUGGGUAAUAAAGCAAUAUUAGGUGUCUUUUCAUAGAAGGGCCUCAUGACUACAGAUCAGAUCAACCGACCUGUAAUUUAUAAAAUGACAAAAGGUUAUAAAGGGAACGGGUUGAUCUAAUUCUGAUCCAAUCCAGUUUUACUUAGAUCAAUGACAUUUAUUCACAAGAGCCUUUGGUAUUUUGUAGAGUGAGGAUGAUGUUGAUGUCAAAGAUGAUUCAAUUUUAGUUGCUCAGCAAGGUGAACAAGAUGCUGCUACAGCAACUAUUAUGGCAACAGUGGAUCACCAUGAAGGUAGAUCUAUCUUGCAGCCACAGCUUAUUAAAAUGUUAAAGAAUGUGUAGGUAUUGGUAGGUCACUUGGGGUUAUGGUAUUAAUGAGAAAUUUUGUUCUUAUAAACCCCUCACUCCUACUUGGAUUGGUGGUACAUCACUAUAAUGAACCAAGGAAUUUACUUUGUGAAUACAGUCAAACCUAUAUUAUAAAGCUGGCCUACUUUAAGUGAUCAUCCUCUAUAAAGUGGUCACUUUUUUAGGUCCUGAAAAUGAUUUCUCUUAAAUUACUGUAAAACUGACGUGUAUAAGCAGUUGCAUCACCUUUUCCGUGGUCCCAAUGAGUUAUUUUUUCUUUCUUUUGGCACAAGAAGAGGUAGAAUUAAGAAACACUUUGAAGUCAAUGGAUAUUUCACUUUGUCUUUAAUAUCUAUAAACUCUUAGUAUUAAGAGUAAUAAUUAAUAAAUUGCAAUCUGUAUGACAUGUAAGUGGUCAUUUGGCCAUUCCCCAACGAGGACCGCUUAAUAUGGGUUUGACUACAGUUACAGCUACAUUGACUUGUAUUUUUUCACAUUUCCAUCACAGUUGUUCAACUGUCCCAUAUGCCACAUGAAGAUACUGAAGUUUCCAUGUGUAUCCUUAUCAUUCACAGAACAAUGCCUUGUAGACUUUGAGGUGACCAGUGGCGUUUUUGACUGUUGUUUGUAGGUAAUGAAGGCUAUCAGUCUGUGCAGACAACUUUGCCUCCAGGUGAUCUUGUCCAGUCAGCAGUGGUGGUUAGCUCAACACCUGGUGGAACUGUGUUCCUUGAGCCUCAGGCUGUGACUCUGACAGAGCUUCCUGGUGGAACAGUACAAACACUUCCUGCUGGGAGCACAUUUGAAGGUAAUCAAAGCUUAAGUCAAAUCCAAAGCUAAACAUACAUGUUGCUUUGGUAACUCGUGUGUCAUAAGUAGACACUAGAUGGUAACAGGCCAACUGCUGGGCAGUCAUGUCUGAAACUGUAGCCCUGUCUGUAAAUUUAACAUUGACCUCUGCCCCCACCUCGCCCCGCCUGUCCCAGUGCAAUCUAAUGACAACAUCUACAUUUUGUACUUGAAUCUAUGUACUGCAUAUACAGUGGAACCCCACUCUAUAAACACCCGCUUAAUAUGGACACCUGCAUACGUGUAUAAUGAACAGUCUCAUUUGUCCCAACAAAAAGCUCAUGUAUUUUCUCUAAAAUAAACCUGCUUAAGUGACUUAAUAUGGACACCAUUGUAAACCCAUCCUUGGAGAUCCAGGGGUAGCUAGUCGGGAAGAUAGAAUGUUCGUUUUGAAAGUUUAAUGUAAGAUGGUAUCGAUUUUACAGUAAACUUUCGCUACGAACAUUCUAUUGUCCCUCCUGACUAGCUGCACCUGGGUCCCGAAGGAUGUUGUCAACCCUGCUUUAAGGGCACUGGUUAUUGGCUUACUGUCUAUUUUUCUUGUCACAAUCAUGUGCUGUUGUAUUAUAUUGAAGAGACUGAGCCCUGUUCAAAUAAAGACAGAUUUCCAUGGAGUUAAUACGAUUAUAUCACCUUAAAAAACAGUAGCAAAAUAGCGAGAAAAGUUAAAGUUCUCUGCUUCCUACCACACAAGUUAUCUUGGGGCAAUGUUCAAACCCAACUACAUUUCCCUGUUGUCGCAUUGUUUUUGCUGUGUACGGCAUGUUCUUUAUACGUCGUGAUCUUGUGCUCAAUUCCGUACAAAUGCGUUUAGGCACCCUUUGCGGAAUUUGGAAUUUUUUUGUGUACUGCAUGCUUGAUGUCACUGCAGUGCUUAACAUGUUAAUUCCUUUUAAUGUAGGUGCCAAAAACAUUCAUGCUUAUCGCACAAAACGUUAGUUAAUGUACAAUUUUACUCAAGCUUUGUUUCUGGUAGCACUGGUAAGAUGCUCGUGAGGUGGUGUUUCACUUAAACAGUAGAAAACGACAUGUUACAUGAAUGUUUUUACUUUGUAUUUUUUUUCGGGGGCACCCAACGAGAAUACAGUUCAAAACCACUUAAACAUAGCAUUAUUAAACGUAUUUUAGUAUUUAAACGGUAGACAUAGGCAUAUUUUUAUCCCCUAAAAAUUUUUCAUCUGUUCGGAUUUCUUAGCUGAAAGUCUAGUGAUCCGAAAAUUAUAGGGAUCAAAACUUACCUUUUCGAAAAUUUUAGCCAGAAAAUAGGCUCCCAAAAAUUCUGGUGAACUUUUUAGGGUAAAAAUUAGUUAAAAAAUGGGCAAGUAUACCAUUUUUCAUUUGUUCGAAAAUCCUAGGAGAGGCAUGGAAGCAAGAAAUUUUACAACAAAUGUUCCGAAAAUUCUAGAUCUCAAAUCGUCUUCCGAACAGAUAUUUUUCCGAAAAUUGUCGUUGGGUGCCCCUGUUUUUUUGGUCUUAAAAUGCAAAUCAUACCCGAGAAUGUACAUAUGAAAGUGCUGUGGUUAACUAUUAUUUGACGGCCAUUCAAUAAACUUUAAUUUGUCAAGUACUAAAUAUGCUUUUACGAAACAAUUAAUUAUACUGUAGAUAGCAAGAGGCUCUUUUUCUCGUUUGCAUUAUUUAUUCCGUCUUAUUUCAUUUAAAAUAAUUUGAUUUUUCUAGUAAAUAUAAUUAUUUGUUAUUAUUAUACAUAAACAAUAAACGCGGUUGCAUAAUCUCAAAGUGAACAUUUUGAAAGUACUUUUUUUCUGUUAUUUUUACUAUUGUUCCAAUCACUGUUUCCCCCGGUACUUUAUUUUGCUGAGGUACUUGCCCACAUAUACUGUAUGUAUGUGGUUGUGGGUGAACUUUCCAAGGACUUAAAACAGUACAGUGUUAAUUUGACACAUGAAGCACCAUAUUUUAUUAACAAAAUGUGCCAAGCAAUUUUCCCACAACCUCAAAAGAGCAAAAGAUGAUCGCUGUUAGAUAAGGGUGAUGGGAAAACUAUUGAAGGAAUUCAUAUUCCCUGUAAUUAACAAAAAUUAGGUUGUGAGUGAGCCCACUCAUUCACAAGCAUUUUCCCACUCACCAAUAAAAAAAUAAUUUUAAAUCUGAGAUAUCUUAUGUUCUUACCACUCAGAAGAAUCCUGUUUGAUAACUUUUCUUUUCAAUCUCCAUCUGCUGUUGACUUCCAUAUUAUAUAUAUACAGUGGUUAUAUUCUAACAGAAAACAUUCGGAAAGAAAUGGAAUCUGAUCUGGAUGGAAGGGAAUCUAAAGAGGAAAGUGAGGUCCAUUUGGAAGGUAUGACUAUUGGUAGAUUAGAUUUUUACUGAUGCAAUUGUUGAUCUAUGCCAGCUGAACACAAAACAAUUUGUGUUCACACACAUGUCUCUCUUACCAACUUAUAUUAAGAGUUCCUCUGAAAACUGAGACAAAACUGGGUGGUUUUAGGCUACCGUAUUUAUUUGAUUAACCACCCUGGGCGCUUAUUAAAUUUUGGACCUUGAGAGUGGGGGCUUAUUCGAGGUGGGCGCUUAUUCGAGGCUGAGUGCUUAUUAAAUUUUCACCAUUUUCAGCAAGGGUACUAUGUUUAUUUUGCAACAACAACAAUAAAUGGUGAUAAUAAAACGCAAAGAUGUAACAAAGCAAGGUUUCUGUAAAAUACUCUGAAGAAAACUCCGUCUUCGGGCAAGUCCCUUAUUAGUAUUUAUUUAAUGCUUUUUGGGGUUGGAGGGACCUGAGGAAGGGGGUGGAGUGGGGGUGGGCAUUUAUUUGAGUUUGAGUUUGAGGGGGAGGGAGGCCCGGUGGGGGUAGGCACUUAUUCUAGGCUGACGCUUAUUCGAGUUGGGCACUUAUUCGAAUAAAUACGGUAUGCUGGUAUACUCUUGUUUAAUUAUAGUAAGUUUUCUUGCUUGUAAUGUUCUGCAGUCCUUCAUAGAUGGGUUUAGUCUUUUAUGAAAGCAAUGACUUUGGUAGCAUAUCAGUGGUCAAAGGUGUGCAAUGAAUUAGUACCUAGUGGACCUCAUGUUAAGCUGGUACCCUGAAUAACUAGAAAACUAAGAAAAGCUUAGGAGUGGGAAGCUGAGGCUUCACAUCCUGACCCUGUUUAAGAAAAACCCAUUCAUUGUGAACCCUGAUUAAGACAAGAGACCUUCUUUCACAACAACGAUUUUUUCUUCAUGUUGCAUACAGUUUUAAAGAAGAUGGUUAGUAGCACAUUGUUAGACCACACACUGCCAAUGUCUACAUACUAUUGAAGGAUUCUGCUCCAGAGAAACACCUUGUUGAAGAUAAUAAGUUUAUAGUGGAAUUUUGUAGGCUGUUUUGCCCCAAAAUCCAGUAAUCCAAACCUUUUCUUUACAUACACAUGUAUUUUCUGUAAAACAAACCUGUAUUAUGCAGACACAGUCUUUGAAGAGACCUUAGCGUGAGAUGACAGAGACCCAGGUGUGUCCAAUAAACACUGGUUUCACUGUAUUAAAUCUAAAAUUUAUAUGGUAGAAAACUGCUGAAUGUAGUUAUCAUUGUGACUUGCUUUUCUUAGAACCCAAUGAUAUUGCUCCAGUGGCUGUUAGUCAUAUUGCUGGUCAGCCAAUCAAUUCAACAGAACAAGAGGUGAUAGGUCUACUGCUGGCGCAACAGCAAGUGUUUACAAGCCCUACAAAACUGGAGCCUUCUAGUGUGUCUACAAACCCAGGCUCUAUUGCUAUGGUUACUGAUGAUGUGUUACCACAACAUGGAAAUGAAAACAAAGGCAUUGUUAUGGUAAGUAUGCCAGCUUAGUUUGAAUUGUACAGUUAUUGCCUUGAGAGAAAGUGUGGGCGAUUUAAUUUGCCCCAGAAUAUCUGGGAUUGUAAUGCUAGUAGACCAUGUAGAUUUAAUAGGCUGUAAUGUCAAAGUCUUGAUCGGACUGGAAGAGAUUUGAAGUGAAGGGGAUGACGCCUUUAUUUAAAGAGGGUAAACACAUGACAGUUUUCUGAUUUAAAUUGAUAAACCUGUGGCCCUUUAUAAACAUAAAAUCAAUAAAAUAUUGAAAUAAUUUUACAAUGUACAUUAUAAAAAGAUAAAAAUUUAAUGAAAAGAUAAAAAUUUAGAUCAACCCCUUUUACUACUGUAACUCAAUUCCUACAUAGUGAGUUAUAGGGUUGAUCCAAUCUGUGCUUAUCAAGGUUUUAUGGCAUCUCUACUGUGAUAAAUUUUGUAUGCAUGCAUUAUUGACCAAGCACAAGGUCAUGAUGGCUGGAUAUUUUGUCAUGGUCCUUAAAACUUAAAAAGAACUAGUUUAAUGGUCAGCCAUCUUAGAAAGUCAUCAAACUUGGGUAAUAAAGCAAUAUUAGGUGUGUUUUCAUAGAAGGGCCUCAUGACUACAGAUCCGAUCAACCCGACCUGUAACUUAUAAAAUGACAAAAGGUUAUAAAAGUACUGGGUCACACAGGGUUGAUCUAAUCUGAUCCAAUCCAGUUUUGAAUUAAUGUCAAUGACAAUUCACAAGAGCCUUUGGUAUUUUGUAGAGUGAGGACGAUGUUGAAGUCAAAGAUGAUUCAAUUUUAGUUGCUCAGCAAGGUGAACAAGAUGCUGCUACAGCAACAAUUAUGGCAACAGUGGAUCACCAUGAAGGUAGAUCUAUCUUGCAGCCACAGCUUAUUAAAAUGAUAAAGAAUGUACAGGUAUUGGGUGGAAUUAAACACAAGGCCACUUGGGGUUAUGGUACUAAUAAGAAAUUUUGUUCUUAUAAACCCCUCACUCCUACUUAGAUUGGUGGUACAUCACUAUAAAAAGGUUCUAAGGAAUUUACUUUGUGAAUACAGUCAAGAACCUAUAUUAUAAAGCUGGCCUGCUUUAAGUAGUCAUCCUUUAUAAAGUGGUAACUUUUUUGGGUCCUUAAAAUCAUCUCUCUUAAAUUACUGUAAAACUGACGUGUAUUAAGCAGUUGCAUCACCUUUUCUGUGGUCCCAAUGAAUUAUUUUUUCCUUUCCUUUUGGCACAAGAGGAGGUAGAAACAAGGCUGUGCUCUAAGAAAAGUUGAUGGGAGUCCAGUGCUCUGAAACUGUUAAAUCUAAGGUGCCCAGCAUAUGAUUUGUGUGAAAAAUCUGAGAUUUUCUAGUUGCCCGGAGGCAAAGUUAGUCGCCACGGGCCACCAGGCGCUGCUAGAGCACAGCCCUGUAGAAACACAUUAAAGUCAAUGGAUAUAUUUUCACUUUGUCUUUAUCUAUAAACUCGUAGGUUUGGUAAGCCUGUAUUAAGCAGUUGCAAUCUGUAUGACAUGUAAGUGGUCAUUUGGCCAUUCCCCAACAGGGACUUUACUGUACAGCUACGUUGACUUGUAUUUUUUCAUGCUUCCAUCACAGUUGUUUUGGCAAUCAGUUGUUCAACUGUCCCAUAUGCCACAUUAAGAUAUUGAAGUUUCCAUGUGUAUCCUUAUCAUUCACAGAACAAUGCCUUGUAGACUUUGAGAUGACCAGUGGCGUUUUUGACUGUUGUUUGUAGGUAAUGAAGGCUAUCAGUCUGUGCAGACAACUCUGCCUCCAGGUGAUCUUGUCCAGUCAGCAGUGGUGGUUAGUUCAACACCUGGUGGAACUGUGUUCCUUGAGCCUCAGGCUGUGACUCUGACAGAGCUUCCUGGUGGAACAGUACAAACACUUCCCGCAGGGAGUACAUUUGAAGGUAAUCAAAGCUUAAGUCAAAUCCAAAGCUAAACAUACAUGUUGCUUUGGUAACUGGUGUGUCAUAAGUAGACGCUAGAUGGUAACUGGCCAACUGCUGGGCAGUCAUGUCUGAAACUGUAGCCCUUUCUGUAAAUUUAACAUUGACCUCUGCCUCCACCUGGCCCUGCCUGUCCCAGUGCAAUCUUAUGACAACAUAUACACUUUGUACUUGAAUCUAUGUACUGCAUAUAUAGUGGAACCCCACUCUACGCACACCCGCUUAAUAUGGACACCUGCAUACAUGUAUAAUGAACAGUCUCAUUUGUCCCAACAAAAAGCUCAUAAUUUUUAUAUUUUCUCUAAAAUAAGCCUGCUUAAAUAACUUAAUAUGGACACCAUUGUAAACCCAUCCUGGGAGAUCCAGGGGUAGCUAGUCGGGACGAUAGAAUGUUCGUUUUUAAAGUUUACUGUAAGAUGGUAUCAAUUUUACAGUAAACUUUCACCACGAACAUUCUAUUGUCCCUCCUGACUAGCUGCACCUGGGUCCCAGAGGAUGUUGUCAACCCUGCUUUAAGGGCACUGGUUAUUGGCUUACUGUCUAUUUUUCUUGUCACAAUCAUGUGCUGUUAUAAUAUAUUGAAGAGACUGAGCCCUGUUCAAAUAAAGACAGAUUUCCAUGGAGUUAAUACGAUUAUAUCACCUUAAAAAACAGUAGCAAAAUAGCGAGAAAAGUUAAAGUUCUCUGCUUCCUACCACACAAGUUUCACUUUCUUGUCUUUUUGCUGCAGUCAUUAUACCUACAGUACAUGUACCCUUCUUCCUUUUUGUCUGCUGCAGUCUUUAUAUCAAUACAACAUGUGUCCGUGAUGUUUUUUCAGUGAGCCCGCUUAAUAUGGACACCAAGAUAAUACGGACACCAUGGCAUGUCCCCUUGGUGUCCACAUUAACCAGGUUCAACUGUAUAUGACUUUGUACAUAGGAAGAAUGUUUUUGUGAAGGUAAAACUAAAAAAGUUGUAACUUAAAAGGAACUUAGCGUUUUGGCAGGUAAAUAAGUUUUGUUUAUUGUGGAUUGCACGCAACUUUUCCACCUAUUUUAUGGGCACCCCACUCGAGUAAAUAGAAAUAGAAUGUAACAGAAUUUAAAACCCCAACUGACAGGAGGCAACUAGUUGGCCAUUGACAAAUUCGGCUAAGGAUUUGAACUUUGAGAAACAAAUCGAGGUAGAAGCCGGAGCAGAGGUUGAAUCUGGGACCAUGGGAUUGCCAGUCUGACCUGCUGACCAUUCUGCUUAUGUAUAGACAAACUCAUCUUGUGUGGACAAGUUGCUCAUUUUAAGGAGGGUAGAGCUGCAAAAUAAUGCUCGUCAAGUCACUUUAUGCAAAGUAAUCUAAGAACAAAUUAUAGCGUUCAAACGCAAGAGCUUUUGCAUUUCAUAACAUUGAUAAUUUUUGUUUCAGCAACAUAUGUUCACCAAGCCAGUGAUGGUACCAGCUAUGUCAUCACAUCGGAACCAACAUCUUUUGACACCAAUUCGACGGUUUCCAUGACAACUAUAUCAGAGUCAAACCCCUCUAUGGUGAGUCCAACUGAGACAGUGGAUACCACAGGGAUUCCUCUCGAGGACCACUCGACUCUGUUUGUUUUACAGGAGGAUGGUAGUGCAGCAGAUCAAGAGGUAUAAAAACGCACUUUAUUUGAGUGUCAAUGUAUUUAGCUCGAAAGUGUUAGGAACAUUAGUUUUUUGUCCCCUACUGCUAUAUUACGUAGACAUCCAAGCCACGCCAAGGUCUAGGUCUACCUUUAUUUACAACGGAAAGUAGAAAAAAUGAAACUGAACAAAAAUGAACCAGUAAAACAGCUAAUAAUUUGUCGGUAUUUGUAGACACAUAUAUCCUGUUCAGUAUAUGUUGUUGUUAUUUAAAUGUUACACGUCUUCUUCUGUGAAUUGAGUUUUCUACAUGGGUAAUUUCGAGGGUUUAAAUUUCGAGGGGAGUUUUAUUCGCGGGUCUUUAAUGUUGCGAUUUUUCCACAAUCGCCAAAAACUCGAAAUUAAAGACCCGCGAAAUUAAGUACCAAUAUGGUAUUUAUGACCUUGAGUUUUGGUCUGGCACCAGUUGUUCGAAAGGUGGAUAAUGCCAUCCAACGGAUAAAUCAUUAUUUACUGGGUAGCGCAAUGAUUGGUUUCCUGAAUAUUUAUCCACUGGAUCGUAGCCCUGUCCAGCUGGGGCUUGGUCCUCUGAAUGGGCCAUUUCCGAGUUCCACCGGGCCUCUGUAUCAAAACGAGGUGAAGUGUAUGGGGACGAUUUUUCAUUCUCAUGCAAAUAACACUCAUUUUCACAAGAAAGGUUGUGCGCUUGGCCUCAUUUUGAAAGUGAGGGUUUUUGGAACUCGGAAGUGGUUUGAACCCACAACGUCCUGCUCCAGUGCUCCUUUUAAGAGAGUCGAGGUCCUGUGUCACCCAUGGCAAAUGUCAGAGGUGGCCAUUACAUUGCUUAUCUCACAAUUAUGAAAAAACUGCAGUUCUCACUUGUGCUUCUACGAAUGAGAAACACUUUUAUGGGGUGAUACCUUAUGGAGUUCUUUUUUUUCAUGAACUAGGGGUCAACAAAAAAGAUAUACCAUUGCGGGAUCGAUGGAUGUGGUAAGCAGUUUUCAACAUCUUAUCGGCUGAAGGCACAUGGACGAAGCCACACAGGAGACACAUUUAGAUGUGAAGAGGAUGGCUGUGAGAAGGCUUUUAUAACUCAGAGCGACUUGACAAAACAUGUUAGAACUCAUUCAGGAGAAAAACCAUACCGUUGUGAUCACGAAGGUUGUGGAAAGGUUUACACAACGGCACACCAUUUAAAGGUUUGUUUAAUGAAAAUCUACCGUCCAUGUAGCUUGCCGCCAUAAUUUAACGUUGGUGAAGGUAUCUCUAAAUAGGCAACGAUGUCUCGUGUGAGCAAUAUUUCAAGAUUCUUUUCGAUUUAGGUUUUCGGUGAUCAGUCUCCAGUACUGUAACCUGACGACAGUCAGGGGUACUAUUGGCUGUAAGACACUCAGUGGUAACCUCUCCCCUCGGGUGCCCCGCGCACUCGUUGCCUUAGCGUCCUCUAAUAACGGCUGUAGCGUAGGCAAUAAGUGCUGAAGUUAAUACCCUCCCCCCCCCCCCCCCCCACACCGCAAACCACAUCAACCACACACCCUCAUACCUGGCACACCAACCCCCCAGCCCACCAGUACAUAUUAAAAUCGAAGCAGAGAUAAUUUUACAUUUUUUUAAAUACUUUUUUAAGUCGCCAGUACUGUAACCUGACGACAGUAAGGGUUACUAUUGGCUUUAAGCCCCUCAGUGGUACCCUCUCCCCUCGGGUGCCCCGCGCACUCGUUUCCUGAGCGUCCUCUAAUAACGGCUGUAGCGUAGGCAAUAAGUGCGGAAGUUAAUACCCCCCCCCCCCUCCCCCCAAUAAGGCCUACGAUUGUGAGGCCUCACAAUCUCACACUGGAGACACUGCACUGGUCACUAGAGUCUUCUUUAAAAAGGAGGUGGGAUUUUAUUUCGAUUUCUUGAAAAUCAUUUUUUUCUGUCAGUUUUAGACGAUUUUAAGCAGAAAAUGAAUAUAUAGGCGCUAAAAUGGCCCCUUUGUGGGAACAGUUUUAAGACGUUAAAAAUGCCCUUCCAGAACCCUUGGAGUUAAUGUGCUGCAGCAGGCCACGACAAUUACAGCAUUAGACACGUUUCAUGCAUGUAAAUCUUCCAUAUUGGGCGUAAAAUACACGAGAAGUACACGCGUGUAAAUAAGAAAAAAAACAGUGAACAUCAUUAAGGCAUUGACGAUCUGCUUUGUUUGGAAAAGUACUUACUUGCAAAUUAGCUAAGACCAUGCAAAAGUUUAAUGAUGGAAGUUGUAUGAAUUUUAGAUUUUUAGUAGAUGAUAAAACUUCCCUGAAUUACUGCAAUCGUUCGUUCGCGUUUAGUUAAAUUAUAAAAUCGUAACUCAGGGUUGUCACUAAGGUUUCAAGUUGCCAGGGAGAAUAAAACAAGAAGGUGGGGAAUCAAACUACGAAAGCUAGGGAUUUCCCUUUUUCUAUUUUUUCUAUUUUCCUAUGAAAGUAGCCGUUCCUAGUACCCGGGGGAAAUCCCGGGGCCCCGCCUCUUAAAAGCCCUGGUAACUUGUCUCCAUUUGUCUCCCAACAUGAGUUCCCCUUUUGGUAUAUUUUACUUUUUACCAGCAAUCUUAUAAGGCAGAGGUCCGAUCGUAUUUUUGCAGGUACAUGAAAGAGCGCACACUGGAGAGAAACCUUUUAAAUGUAGAGUUGACGGCUGUGACAAGGCCUUUGCAACAGGUUAUGGACUAAAGAGCCACACGCGUACACAUACAGGAGAGAAACCUUACAAAUGCCCUCAAGAAGGGUGUGGCAAGGCAUUCAAGACUUCAGGAGAUUUACAAAAACACGUACGCACACAUACAGGUCAGUAAAACGCAUUAUAAAAUUUAGAUUAUGUCCACACUCUACCGGAUAGCUUAUUUGCGCCGGCACGAAAGCCAUACAGGAUAGGCCGCCUCUGUUCCGACAUAAGAACGGUGAUUUCGGCGCGAUUACUGUAACGGAACGAAAAUGCACCUCUCAAAUAUCUUAAACGGAGUGUCACAUGUCGGACGCGUUCUUACUACAGGUAUACCGGAUACACUUUCGUUUCGACACGAAAAACUUUGCGCUAUAGUGUGAACACAGCCGCCCGCUUAAUGUCGACAAAUCGGCAAAGAAAUGCUGAAGAGCUCUAGUUGUUCAAAAGGUGGAUAACGCUAUCCACUGGAUAAAUCUCUCCUAAUAACGCUAUUCACUGGAUAAAUCUCUCCUAAUAACGCUAUUCACUGAAUAAAUCUCUCCUAAUAACGCUAUCCACUGGAUAAAUCUCUUCUAAUAACGCUAUCCACUGGAUAAAUCUCCCCUAAUAAUUAUCCAUUAGAUAGUGACUUAUCUGGUGGAUAGCGUCAUCCAACGUUUGAACAACCAGGUGCAGCAGAUGGUCGCACAGUUAAACGUGUGUUUCUAUUGUUUUGCCAUUUUCGACUCUUACUAAGUCCAGAAAUAGUUUUCCGUAAUUACUAAAACUAAAUUGGCGUCUAUUAUAAAGCGGUUGCGGUCUCAUCAGGUUAGUUUUUAUUCCUCUUAACCUCUUUUGACCCUUUUCCUCCCAAAAGUGUGGCUAAAGCCACAUUUCAACAAAAUUUCCAAAUUUCAUUUUGUAAAAUGCUGACAACAGACAUUAUUGUUUGAAAGUACUGUUCACAGACUCAAAAGUUAGAACUACAUACUAAAUAAAUAGCACCAUGUGAAAGUACUGCUAAAGAGGUUUCAUUUGAUUGGUAACACCAUAGGAUUUCAUCCACAGACUCAAAAGUUAGAACUACAUACUAAAUAAAUAGUACCAUGUGAAAGUAUUGUUGAAGAGGUUUCAUUUGAAUGGUAACACCAUAGGAUUUUUCUCAAAAGUUAGGACCACCUUACCAGACUCCAUCAUUCAGGCUAGGAGAGAAAGGGUUUUAAAACGGUCUCUUUUUUACGACGUACCCGAAGUAAGUCUUUACUCCUCGCUCAAGGCUGAAGUGGAGAGAUUUGACUGUAUUGUUGCUGAAAGGAACAAGAAGUCAGAAAAAUCGGUAUCCGUUUUGCAAACCGUCAUCAUUUUAUAAAUCUUGUUUCCAGGUGAGAGACCCUUUUUGUGUCCAUAUGCUGGGUGUGGCCGCUGUUUCACCACGUCCAACAUCAGAAAAGUACACAUGAGAACUCACACGGGGGAACGACCAUACGUGUGUGAACACGAGGGAUGCGGGCGGUCGUUUGCUAGUGCUACCAACUUCAAGAAUCAUUCAAGAAUACAUACAGGUAUGUAUAUUUGCUUUUAAAUUCAGGUUCUGGAGUUGUGAAAUUGUCUACUCCACUAUUCAGCCGACGAACAAACCACUGUUGAAAAGUGAUAAUUUAUGUCACCAAAAGUGUCAUUAAUUUGUGCAACCAAACAAGACGAUGCCUAUAUCGCCUUAAAUGUCUCUUGGUAGCGGAGAAAUUGUUACUUAAAUGUCUCUUGGUAGCGUGUGGUUCAGCGCUGUUUUGUUCAUUAAAGCAUGGGAUUUUCCCGCAUUGUCUUGAUUGCCUAUGUAACAUUUGGUUCGGAAAAUAGUAUUAGUGAACAGGCCCUUGGUAAAACUGCACCAUUUUACGCAAAAACGCAAAAUCUAAAAAUUUCAUUGUUCGUGAAUGUAAAUGUAAUGGCCUAAAGGCUGUUCGUUUGUGGCUAAAAUUGUUGUGCAAUGUUGAUUUUUCAUUCAGGGGAGCGGCCAUAUAUUUGCCAAGUGAUUGGCUGUAACAAGCGCUUCACAGAAUACUCCAGUCUAUACAAGCACCAUGUAGUCCAUACCCACAACAAACCAUACACGUGUAACAUCUGUAACAAGACCUACAGACAAACAUCUACACUGGCCAACCACAAGCGGACAGCUCACUGCGAUAUGUCGGAUGUGGAUCACCUGAGCGAAGGUAAGGAAUGUUAUUUAAGAUAAAUCAUGAGUUAAACUGCUUGCAGUCUGCCUUUUCUCUUAAAAUCCGUCGGGUUCUUAUCUUAGCGAGAGCGUUUGCAAAACAAUAACAUAGCAAAAAAGCCUACGCCCUCGUUUCUGGCGACUCGCGCCUCGCGGCUCGUUUUCGGGUACCAAAACUGACGCAGGUCCCCAGAGUGGAGAUUUUUGAAAACGUUUGUCGUUUUCGUGUAGACGGACGAAAAGGAGGUUUUUGGAUACGAUAAUGUCAUACAUCAUAUAGCGUACACCCUGUAAGGGACGCUAUCAUUCUAGCAUCGCUUUAGCGUUUUCGGUGGAUGGGCAAAAUCGAUUUGAAUACGCUCAAGUAGAUUCGUACUUUUUGAAAACGGAGAAAAUAUCUCCGUUAUAUCCGAAUACGUAUGAACGAGGCCUUAUAGGCAUCCAUAUAAAGUCCUUUUGUCGAUUAUUACUGUAACUGCAGGAUAGCAAUUUGAUUUUUAAUGUACGUUUUUAUGUAUUUUUAAAAAACUGCAGCUGAUUACGACGCUGGACAAGACGAACCCACCACCAAGCGCCAGCGAUUGGACUACACUGACACAAUUCAAGGUAGCCAAGCCUUCCCGCAUGGUGUGCCUGUGGUUAUAGCAGAUGAAGCAUCGGUAGCCGCGCUUCAAGCCAUGGACGGAAGCCUAGCGGAUAUCCAGCAGCAAAUGGCUGAAGGAGGUCAUGUGGCCGGUCACAUUGCCAUUCCUGUUGCCAUAGCAUCAGACGCUGGAAUACAAGUCCAAGGGGAUCUAGAACACGCCGUUACCCUCUCACAGGGAGCCCAGCAGUUAAGUUCAACACUUGUUGACAGCUCAGGACAUGAGCUGGACGUGUCUUCCGUACAGGUCGUGUCAGCACCGCAGACAGUUGUCGUGACAUCCCUGGAGGCCGUGACAGGGUCUGGACAACCAGCAGAGACAGUGGUUGUCACUUCCCUUGAUGGCGUGACCACCACUGCGAGAAGAACGCACGAGGGAUUUACAAUUGUCACGGUACCUGCGCAGGGGGGAGGGCUGGGAAUUCAGGUGUCAGGUGAGCAGGAGAAAGUCCAGGAAGGAAAUGGCGACGAGAAUGAAAUUCACAAUAAUGGCCAGGAGGCGACUGAGGGUGAGUCAGGUAAGGAAAUAAAGUUCAGGCAAAGUCUUCAAGUUUUUCGCUUUGGCGUCUUGGACGAUUGCACACAGGAGAAUUGUGGCCUUGCAACGUAACGUAAUGUAAUGUAAUGUUAUCUCUGAGAGAAGACUACUUGUAGCAGGGAAAAGAAAAACAUAUACUUUUCGUUAGAAUCAGAUCGGAGCCUUAACGAGCAUCCCACGCUGAAAUUGCUUAUGGGAUGCCCCACAUGGAAAAGAAAAACGUCAAACAAAAGCGCACUGGAAUAAUUUUGUUGAUCGCGCUGAAACUGGUUAUGGACUUUUUUACAAGUUAAGAACUUUGGUUGGGAUGAAGAAGAGAACUCAACAGAAAGAAAACAGAAAGGAAAUUGCACCUUCGACGUCCUGAUUUUUCUGCAGCAGUGUUGAGAUUCUGGGAAAGUGCUCACCCACCCGUUCCAAAACCCCACGUCUAAACGUAAUUUCUCACUUCGGGCAAAAUGUUGUGUGAGGAGAGGGGUAGGUGAGCAGUUUCCAAGAAUCCGGAUCAGCAUAAGAUUCUGGAAAACAACUUACCCACCCCUCCCUUAACGCAACGUUUCAAAGUAAUUUCUCACUUAGGGUAAAAUGUUGUGUGAGGGGAAGUAUAGGUACCUUGUGAGUUUUAAUCUUAAUAGGUAAUUAUAAGCUAAUUUUUCAGGGGUAGUCUCCAAUGAGAAAAUGAAUUUUGGUGCUUUCUGUUUUAACAGAUGUCCUCCAAUCCCAAGAGCCAUCGCUAAGCGAGUCCAAAGCGGCUCUGGAUGCAGCCUUGGCAUCACAGCUUGAACAAAGUGACGUCAUCAGCGGUGAAGACCCUGAUUCAGCCUCGACUUCAGGGUCCACCGCGCUGUCCGCUUCAGUAGCCUACCAGACUUAA